CAUCAACACUUGCAGAGUGAAUCAGUGGUCGGAGUCAGCGUAAUUAUAGCGAGUUGACAUAAUUGACACUGGUGAUGAGUUGAUCUGAUUUCCGGUUCUUGCACAUUGUUUCCUUUUUGAUUAAUGGCGGAUGACCACGAGGAGAGGAGAGUUCAAACAGACCAUCGAUAGGAUCUCGAGGCCGUUUUGCUAGUUCGCUGGCAAACUGAGCUUUCAUCAUGCUGGUUAAAGUUCAGUAUCGAGGUGUAAAGAAAUUUGUGAAAUAUCUCAGCGAUUCUACAUUCCAAGAUUUUCUCAAUGAAGUUAAGGGCAAAUUUGGCUUAGCCAGAACUGCAGCUCUUCAAGUCUUUGAUGACACCGACACCAAUGUGGAAGAGGACAUCUUCCAUGAAUUGAUCGAAGGCAGUCCACAUUUAUGCCUAACUGUAAGAUGUCCGGAAAAUAUUGCUGGUUUGUCUGAGGAGUUUUCACCCACAAGAACCUCAACCCCCAGCACAUGCACUGACAGUCUUUCACUCUCUUCAACUGACCAUGAAGAGACCCAGAACGCAGUGGAAAAUCAAACGGCAAUGGUCAGCAACAGUUUUAACAUAGACGCUGAAAAGGCAAAACGGGUUUUCCAAGAUGCACUGGAAAAAAAAUCUGAUGGUGAGGAAGUGCUUGAAGAAUACCAGACAACAAAAACUUUAAAGCACAGCACCAGACGUCAGCUUGUUAAUAUUGUUGUCAGUCACAUGACAGAAAUUCAUGGGAGGAUCCCCACCCGCAAACAGCGGGAAACUUAUGCUUUGGGCAUUAUUUCUCUCUUUCCUAGCCUGAAAGACCCAUUUUCAGCAAAGGGCUAUAUAAAUCAGGACUUUGCUCUGCUGUUCAAUGCUGAAACAUCCAACAAGUUUCUUAAGAGGUGGGAGACUGCAUUCAAGCAAAAGAUCAUCAAUGAAGCCAAGUCUCUUACUUCAACAGCAGAAAUUCGGUGUCUUCUCAAUGCAGCUGGUGGACAAGGAUCUGAAAAUGGGAGGAAGAAGACUAAGAUCAGUCCAACAGAGGCUGUUGACAGACUUGUGCAUUUUCAUAAGUCCUGCAACAGUAUUGAAGGCCAUCUCAGUGGGAGGGAGGGCCACCAGCCAUUUCUACUGGGAUCAGGAAGGAUCAAGGGCAGGAUCGACCACUUUUACGUUGUUGUGGACAAGCGCCUUAUCCCUUGCUCUGGAACCAGCUCUUUAAGUGCCUUUGAUGAACUUUUCAAAGUUCACUAUGUCUUCAACUUGUCCUACGAGGAAGGCCUGGUCAACUUCUUUAACUUCCUGCAGACCACAGUUUACAACAUAGACGUUGGUCUUUCAAGUGAGUCUCCCAGAGUAAGGGAACUGCGUGCAAAGCUUUUAAAUUAG